GUUAUACGGGCACCAACUGUCAAAAUGAAAUUGAUGAAUGCAGGACACCACAAGGAAAUCCUUGCCUCAAUGGUGGAGUCUGCAGGGACCAGAUCAAUGAUUUCAAUUGUACUUGCUUAGCAGGAUUUGAAGGGAGGACUUGUGAGACCGAGGUCAACGAAUGCAAGAGUGCACAGUGCCUGAACGGGGGAUCAUGCAUCGAUAAGGUUAACAGCUACAGCUGCGAAUGCAUGAAAGGAUACAGCGGAGUCAACUGUCAAGUCAACAAAGAUGACUGUGAGGGCGUUAGCUGUAACAACGGCACAUGUAUUGAUGGGCUAGAUGCUUACACCUGUAAUUGUAGUCCUGGAUAUACUGGCCAGCACUGCAGCACUCCCGUCAAUGAGUGCGCCUCAAACCCCUGUCUGUUUGGUGGUUCCUGCAAGAAUCUGCAGAUUGGACGGAACUGUGAGCACAACUAUGAUGACUGUAUGUCCAACCCUUGUAGAAAUGGGGCCACCUGUCUGGAUGGGAUCAGCAAGUUCACCUGCGAUUGUAAGGCUGGCUUCAAAGGUACAUACUGUGAAAUUGACAUAGACGACUGCAGCCCUAAUCCAUGCUAUAACGGAGGACAUUGCACUGAUCUGGAAAAUGACUUCCAUUGCACCUGCCCAAUGGGAUACUAUGACGACCGAUGUCGCUCAAAUGUCAAUGAAUGUGCAUCAAAUCCUUGUGUCAACGGUGGACAUUGUGUCAACGGUUACAACAGAUUUGACUGUGAAUGCCCACAAGGAUACACAGGCUCUCGCUGUGAAAAGGAGGUGGACGAGUGCCACUCCAAUCCCUGCCAACAUGGAGGCAAAUGCCAGGAUCACUUCAACUAUUACACCUGUACCUGUUUGGCUGGCUACACAGGUAAAGACUGUGAAGUGAAUAUCAACGACUGUGCCAACAACCCCUGCAAGUAUGGGAAGUGCAUUGAUCUGAUUGACAAGUACAUAUGUCACUGUGACGUGCUAUACACUGGCGACCAUUGUGAUGUCAGAAUUGAUCCCUGCAGCUCUAGCCCGUGCCAGAACUCAGCCCAAUGUGUUCCCCAGAGCAACUACCAAACUCAGUUUAAAUGUAACUGUCUUGUUGGGUUUACAGGAAUUCGCUGUGAACAGGAUAUCAACGAAUGUGCUCAAGGCAAUCCAUGUAGAAAUAACGGAACUUGCAAAAACACAAAUGGGUCGUAUGUGUGUCACUGUCCACAGGGCUACACAGGGAGGCAGUGUGAGAUCAACCAUGAUGAUUGUGAUCCAAAUCCUUGUUUCAAUGGGGCAACUUGCAUUGACGGUAUUGGGAGAUACGACUGUCUCUGUGUCAGUGGCUUUGGAGGCCAGCAUUGCCAGAAUGACAUCGACGAGUGUGCUUCUAACCCGUGUAUCAAUGGUGGUGAGUGUAAGGAUUACGUCAACUCUUACACCUGCACCUGCAAGCCAGGUUUCAGUGGACAGCAUUGCCAGGUCAAUGACAAUGACUGCACAAAAAGCUCCUGUCUCCAUGGCGGCAUGUGUGUGGAUAAAGUCAAUGGCUUUGAGUGUAAAUGCUCACACGGAUACUCUGGGAGCAACUGCCAGUUCAGCACCAACCCUUGCGACUCCAACCCGUGCGUCAAUGGGGCCACUUGUUUCAGCAGCGGUAGUGACUUUCACUGUUAUUGUCCCUAUGGGUUUACUUCAUCAAGAUGUGAGAGCUUUGUAGACUGGUGUAGUUCUGCCCCAUGUCAAAACGGAGCAGAAUGUGAGCAGAGAGCUAAUGACUAUGUCUGUCGGUGCAACAGUCAUUGGACAGGCAAGCUGUGUGAUAUCCCAUCUCUGUCGUGUGACAUUGCAGCAUCUCAGAAAGGUGUAUCUUCAUCAGAGCUGUGCAAACACAAUGGGACUUGUCACAACAAAGGGAGCACACAUGAGUGUUCUUGUCGGAAAGGUUUUCAGGGUUCUUACUGUGAGACAGAAGUCAAUGAGUGCAUUUCUGCACCUUGCUUGAAUGGUGCCACCUGCCAGGAUUUGGUUGGAAAGUAUGCCUGCCAUUGUGCUAAAGGUUUCCAGGGUCAGAACUGUGAGGUGGAUAUUGACGAAUGUGCCACUCAGCCAUGUACUAACGGAGGAACUUGCCACGACCUGAUCAACAACUUUGAAUGUUCCUGUCCUCCAGGAACAGCUGGUUUUCUGUGUGAGGUUAAUGACAAUGACUGCAUGUACAACUCCUGUCACAAUGGGGGAACUUGUGUGGAUGAGGUGGGUGGCUACAGAUGUGUCUGUCCAGAUGGAUUUGUUGGUCACCAGUGUGAGGGAGAUGUCAAUGAGUGUCUUUCGAACCCCUGUGAUCCAUAUGGAACCCAAGAUUGCAUACAACUGAACAACACAUAUCGUUGCGAGUGUAAGGCUGGAUGGGCAGGAACCACUUGCAACAUACGACUACGAUGUGACCAGAACCCAUGCCAGCAUGGAGGAAAAUGUCGAGACACAGACUUUGGUGCAAACUGCACAUGUGCACAUGGCUUCAUGGGAGAAUUCUGCCAGGUGGAGAUAACUGAUUGUGACCCAAACCCGUGUAAGAACCAGGGAACAUGCUCCACGACUGCAGUAGGGUAUGAAUGUUUGUGUCCUGCUGGAAGUACAGGAGUCAAUUGUGAGACUGACACCAGGGACGACUGCAAGAGCAGAGCAUGCCGAAAUGGUGGGACAUGUCUUAACAGGAUUGGAUUCUCAGAGUGCCUGUGCCCAAAGAUGUGGAGAGGCAUCAGCUGUGAGGUUUACGACAAGAACUUCAUUGGAGGCAUCGGAACGGCAGAUUCUCCAUCAGGGGACCUGCUUCCAGAAAUCUGUCUGAAGAAUAAUUGUCCAGACAAAGCCUACAACAACAUCUGUGACAUGGAAUGUAACCUCAUUGAAUGCAACUACGACAAUACAGAAUGCUCGUACGGAACACGGCCAUGGAGGAACUGUACACAGCAAGUGAAUGGACGUUACUGUUGGCAGGUGUUUAAGAAUGGAGAAUGUGACCAGGAAUGCAACAACCAGAACUGUCUGUAUGACGGGUUCGACUGCCAGCAGCCGGUCAGCAGUUGUCUGUACGAGAAUUACUGCAUGAUGAACUACAACAAUGGUCACUGUGACCACGGCUGCAACAAUGUCGAGUGCGACUGGGACGGACUUGACUGUGAGACAGGAAAAUCCAACCUUGUUCCUGGAUCCUUGUUCAUUAUUGUGUUGGUUGAGCCAGAGAAGUUUCAGCAGAUCAAAAAUGACUUUGUACGCCAGCUUGGCCUUCUUCUGCGCGCUGUGGUACAAAUCAAGAAAACUGCCUCCGGAGAGGAAAUGAUUUAUCCAUGGCAAGGAGAAGGCUCCGACAGCAAUAGCUCUGUACUGCAGCGCACCAGAAGAUGGGCAAAUUCACUAUUUGAGCAGACGCAUUUCAGACAAAAGAGGAGUAUCCUAAUUGGCAUCAAAGUAUACUUGGAGAUAGACACACAGGCUUGCCACCGGGUAGAAAACAUGGAAUGUUUCAGCAGUACAGACCACAUUGCACAGUUUGUUGUUGCAUCACUGCUCAAGAAAGGUUUCCAGCCUGCAGUGGCCAUUCAUCAGAUUGGAACUGAAACUUCACCAGGUGUUCCAUCAGAAGAGGACAGCAACUCCAACAUAUUGGUUAUAUUUGUGGUCAUCUGUGGAACCAUUGUGUUGCUAACGUUUGUGGUUAUUGUGGUGUUGAAUCGCAAGAGAGUCAGAGGCAUCACCUGGUUCCCCGAAGGUUUUUUCAACCAGUCAAAUGAAUCAUCCAAAGCCGUGCGGAGCCGCAACGGACCAGAAGGAGAGGAGAUGCAGGAGAAAUUCAACAGCAUGGAUGCUAAUGACAACCACACAUCACCUCCCCCCAGUAAUGAAUUUUGGCAAGAAUAUGAUGAUGAUGACCGUCCACAGAUGAAAAGGGCAAAGAUGGAGAGACAAGGACACGUUGUUGACAGCUUAGACACAAGACAGUGGACUGCCAAACACCUGGACGCUGCAAACAUUCCUCACCACCCAAUGUCCGCACUGACACCUCCUCAAGGAGAGGACAGUUUGAAGACAGCCGAUGUGAAUGUAAGAGGACCAGAUGGUUUAACUCCUCUGAUGCUGGCUUCCAUGCGCGGCUGUGGAGAUGAUGAAGACAGCAACUCUGGGUCCGGAUCUGGUGAAGGAGGAGACUCUGAGAACAGCACAACUGUGGAUAUGAUCUCCAGUCUUCUCAUGCAGGGUGCUGCUAUCAAUGCUAAAACAGACAGAACAGGGGAGACUUCACUGCACCUAGCAGCACGCUACGCCAGAGCUGAUGCAGCAAAGGUGCUGCUGGAUGCCGGUGCUGACCCCAACAUUGAAGACAGCACAGGAAGGACGCCCCUCCACACUGCCAUAGCAGCAGGGGCUCAAGGAGUUUUUCAGAUCCUGCUUCGAAACAGAUCCACAAAUUUAAAUGCGCGUAUGCACUGUGGCACAACCCCUCUGAUCCUAGCCUGCCAUCAUGCCAUUGAGGACACAAUGGCUGUGGAGGAACUACUGGCUGCUGAUGCUGACAUUGAAGCAGCAGACAAUUGUGGUCGUACAGCUUUACACAGGGCGGCUGCGGUCAACAAUGUGGACGCUGUGACUGUGUUGCUCCAACACAAUGCAAACAAAGAUGUCCAGAAUGUCAAGGAGGAAACACCUCUGUUUGUGGCUUCCCGUGAAGGCUGCUUUGAAACCGUAAAUGUGUUACUGGAUCAUUAUGCAAACAGGGAAAUAACAGACAACAUGGAUCGCCUGCCACGAGAUGUGGCCUUAGAGCACCAUCACCACCACAUUGUUGACCUGCUGGACAAUUACAAGGUGGUUUCACCUGCCGCUCUUCACUUCAAUGGCGUCAGCUCACCCAAUCACGCUUUUGGGGUCUGUGGGUAUGCUCAGCCAGUUAAACAGAAAACCAGGAGUCGGAAGACUAAAAAUGGCCCUGCAAAAUGCCGAAGCUCAUUCUCACCACAAAACGGAAUUGGAGAAAGCCAGGUACCGAACAGGCAAGUUAAGGCGAGGAAAAAGAAAGGAAGUGAAGAAAGUGGGGCCAGGAGCAAGAUGAACCAACAGCAGCAACAACAGCAAGAGCAACACCAUCAACAGAUUUCCGCAUCAUCUUCAUUACAAAAACAUUUGCAGAUUUCUCAGCAGUUGAACAGCGAUUCAUCUCCAAUGAGUGCUGUUUCCCCAGGAAGCUACUCCUCUGACUCACACCAUUCUCCUCAACGAUUUGAGACCUCGCCGAGGUAUGAGAGUUCCCAGCUUCUGCUACCUUCUGAUCCAGGUGAUGGGAAUAAUCCUGAGGAUGACUUUCAGCUCCUCAGAGGACAUUUCAACUCCCCUGCUCUCAUUGAACAAACAGAUGUGGAAAAUCUACUUGCAGAGUGGACUAUUCCUCAGUAUAAAAAUCAGCUGCUUCAGCAGCAGAUAUUACUGCAGCAAAACACUAAUGGAGGACCAGUGACUCAUUUAUCAAAUUCAAAUUGUAUGAACCCCCAGAAGAUUGGAUGUUCAACUGGUGGUAUUGUAACAGGGUCUGUAAGCCAUACAUUGUCACCGUCCAUACAAACAAAAAAACUGUCAAUGUCUCCAACACAUAUCAAGGCUCUUCAGCAGCAUGUACAACAGCAGCAGGCAGCUCGUAGCAGUCCAUUGCAGUAUACUAGUGAAUUCCCAUUAUCAUUCCUCCUUGAUGGAUCCACACAACUACCUGAUUCACAGACAGCUGAGCAGGUCUACUUGACUACAAUGCAGCACAAAAUGCUCCAGUUGCAGCAGCAGCAACAACACCUUCAGCAACAGCAACAUCAUCAGCAUCAUCAGCAGAUGCAGCUGCAAAGUGUACAGCAACCUCAGCCACAAAUCCAAGGCAGUUAUGCAUUGACUCCCGAGCAGUACCCAACACCUCCAUCACACAGCAGCCAACACAUAACAGACUCUCCACCACACCAGCCUAGCACCUUUAGCUCGUUCCAGCCAGAUCAUCUUCUCACGCCAUCACCAGGCUCCCCAAGUCAUUGGUCAAGCUCGUCUCCACACUCUGCUCAUUCUGAUUGGUCAGAGGGUAUCUCUAGCCCCGCCCCAGUGAUUGCUGGACUAAACCCUCACAGACAUAAGCUGGUGUCAGAGCAGCAUGCAUAUUUUUAA